CCACCAACUGAUCGCUCGACCGUAUUAUUCUAGUCACCGAGGAUCAAAUAGUGCUGCUAUAUUCAAGAAACCGACGACAGCCGCUGGAUCGGUUACGAAACAACCACAAGGAACGAUGCACGAAUGGGAUGUGGAUGUCCCGUACAGACAGGCUGCGAGCUUGAUCAUGUCGCCUCUACCACCGGGUACUGGUCCUACACGAGAUUACACGGGCCCAUGGUUCCGUACGCAACUACUCCUCUCUAUCACACUAGGAGGUUUCUCGGUCCUCAUAUUCGAGAUCCUGAGGCGGAGAUGGCGGAGAGUGUAUAUGGGACGAGCUCUGUUGAAAUCGAAGGAUAUGGGCGAUCCGUCAGAAGAUCAUCCGGGUCUAUUCGGCUGGGUCCGGCCGGUAUUGAGUGUGAGCGAUAGUAUGAUGGUACGGACCGUCGGGUUGGACGCCGUCGUGCUUCUCGAUUUCAUGAAGACGUCGUUCUUGUUCUUCUCGAUAUGCGCCGGUGCAGCCACGCUCAUCCUGGUGCCCGUGAAUCUGACUCGGAAUGGAUCGACAGACGACGAUCUACCAGAUCCCAACGCGGGCAAUGACACCGAUACCAACUAUACCUCGACCUUCUGGACUCCUGUUCACCUGCACGAGACCAGCCACAACCACACUUUGAAGCGGAAUACCACACGCCAAAACCCUACCUUGAUGGACCUAGUCAUCGAUCCCCAAACGACGGUCGGACUACACCUCCUCUUCGUCUACUUCUUUUCGAUCCUGGCACUUUACAUGUUACACAAGAACUUUCACCGUUUCCUCGCACGACGUCGCAUCUUCGCCUUGGCCCGCAAGAGCAGCGUACCGGCUAGGACGGUCUUGGUGACAGCCAUCCCAGAACAUCUGCGAGACGGAAAGAAACUGCAAGAUUACUUUGAGAACGACUGUGGGUGGAAGGUGGAGAGUAUCAGGAUGGUCAAGAACGUCGGCCGGGAACUCAGACAGGCGUUACACGAAAGGGAGCUGGCCAUGCGAGGUUUGGAAAAGGCCUGGUGGAAAUAUAGGGGCGGGAAAGGACUCGGUCAUAUUCGAUUACCGGAGCAGGACGAGGAGGACGAGCAAAAUCUGCGUCCUGUUGAUGCCGAUGCUAUCCAUUCGGGCGCGGCAACGCCGAGUCGAUCGACUAGCAAGGUCCGACCUCCGCCCAAGACGCCCGAGAUCGGAUUGGCUCUGUCCGAAGAACCCAAUUGGGGCGAGGUCAGGCGGGAGCACGACUUGCCGCCAGCGAGCGUACCACCGGCUUUCCUUGCCGACCGUGAUCUCGAGAACGGAUCUGGAACGACCUCGCCAACGGGUCAAGACUCGUCUUCCAAUGAAAUGGGCGAUCGGCCUAGCACCCGGGUACCUAAAUCCACGCUUCAGAAGGCCAUCCCUGUCCUGGGCGAAAAGGUCGAUGCCAUCGAUUACUGGCAAGACAAGUUUGAAGCGGCAGAUGCCAAAGUUCAGGCUCUGCGCAAGAUACACGGGAAUAACAGUCGCAGCGGACAUUCGACACCCGGUGCGGCUUCGACGCCUGUUCCUCCUCCGCAAGACGGCGCCGAACUGUUGCUCGAGGGGCACAAGGAAUGGGAGACGACCGAGGAGGGUUUCGUUACGUUUGAGAGCAUCCGUGAGGCCGAAUUCGCGUCCCAGGUCGUCCACUUUCCGGAACAUUCCGAGUGUCGCACCACGUUGGCGCCCGACCCAGACGAUAUCGUCUGGAACAAUAUGGGCAUGACGCAUCGCGAACAUAUCGUUAGGAGCAUCAUGAUUACUGGGGUCAUCAUCGCUGGGUUAUUAUUCUGGAUCGCUCCGGUCUCGGCGUUGGCAACCUUGCUCUCGUUCAAGGAGCUCGAAAAGGUCGCACCUUGGCUGGCCCGCCUGAUCGAGAGGUCUCCUCUCAUCGCCGCCUUGGUGCAGACUACCCUCCCUUCUUCCGCGCUGCUCAUUUUCAACGCGACCCUACCGUACUUGCUCGAGUGGCUGUGCUAUAUCCAAGGGUUCAGGUCCAAGUCUGAGAUUUCGACGUCCAUCUUGAAAAAGUACACCCUCUUCCUCAUUGUCUCGGUCCUCUUCGUGUUCUUGGUCGUGUCGACGAUCUUCGACUUGCUCCUGAACCUAGCGGGUUCGCCGGAAAAGAUUCCCAAAAAGCUGGCAGCCGCCCUGACCCAGAACCAAGCUAGGGCGUUCUCGACGUCAUACGUGAUGCUGUCGAGUAUCGGUAUCAUGCCUUUUCAACUGAUCAACUUCGGUCAACUGUUCUUCAUCGGCCUGUACCGGGCCUUUUUCCGGUUGACUCCCCGAGAGUUUACCGAGGUCUACACCCCACCGGCGAUCAACUACGGGAUGGUCUAUCCCCCGGCGAUCAUGGUGUUCAUCCUGACGUUGACUUAUUCGGUCAUCUCGCCGUUGAUCUUGAUCUUUGGUGCCAUUUACUUUGGGGUUGGAUAUAUGGUUUACAAAUACAAGCUCAUCUAUGUCUUCGUCAACCCGUACGAGUCCUCCGGAGACGCCUGGCCGACAACUUUCGCCCGACUCGUCUGGGGCGUCGUCCUCCUCCAAGUCUUCAUGACCGGCCUCUUCGCCGCCCGACAGUCCGUAGUGGCGUCUACGGGGAUGAUCCCGCUCUUGCUGGGGACGGUCGCUUGGAGUUAUACGAUGAGGGAGGAUUUCAAGGGGCUGAGCCAGCAUACGCCUUUGGCUAGUAUCGCUGCGGCGGAUCAUGCUGAGGCCAAUGACGACCACCCAGUCUCGGUGCGGUAUGGCAAGCUCAAGGGAUCAGACGUUUACGCUCAAUACGAGCUGGCGGAGAAACUGCCCAAGCCUUGGAUCAUGGAUUGAGACACGGGACGAUAGGGUAAGGCAGGUCGUAUGAGAGACUAUAAUAUAUAUAUACCACGAGGACCGAAGUGGAGCUCGCAUCAUCUCACAUUCAUACAUCACCAUCGAGAUCAUCACUAUCGCACGACCAAACAUGCCCUUCGGCGACCGCCGGUCCCGCCGUUGCUUCCGUCAAUGAGAUUUUGCUUCCGAUAUGCGAUGACGAGAGGGCAGGGUGUGCCGACGAUGAUGAAUGCAGUGCACGCCGGUUAGUGUGGUGACCAUGCAUUCAUGUCGUGGUUGUAUACUUGUGUCGGG